CGCUGCUUUUGCUUCUCUCCAUUGGAUAUUCCUCCUCGGGUGUUUUUUAUUUAUUUAUUUUUGUGAAUGGGCAUCCGUGGCCGGUGUAAGGAGCUUGUGAAUGGGCUGACUUUGCAUGGCUGACUGAUUGACAGACUGGCAAAGAGAGAGGCAGCUGUGUUUCAAUUAGAAAGGGCAAUGCUGAGAGGUCAAGCGAGGAGCAACAGAGCCUCUUAGUAGUCUGGAAAUACAAAGACACGUGAGGGGAAUCAAGAAACUGAAGGCACGAUAAGCAUCAGAAACAGAGAAAGGAGAAUGGUUCAUCACAGAGAAGAGGACCUGAUCGGGAUCCCCUUCCCGAAUCACAGCAGUGAUGUCCUCUGCAGCCUCAAUGAGCAGCGUCGUGACGGGCUGCUCUGCGAUGUCAUCCUCAUCGUCCGCGACCAGGAGUACCGCACCCACCGCUCCGUUCUGGCAGCCUGCAGCCAGUACUUUAAGAAGCUCUUCACAGUGGCGACCGGUGAUGGUGGGGAUCAUCACCACGCGGCGGCUGUGUACGAAAUCGACUUUGUGGCUCCAGAGUCUCUCACAGCCAUCCUGGAGUUCGCCUACACCUCAACUCUGACUGUGACGGCGUCCAACGUUAAAGAGAUCCUGAAUGCAGCUCAGAUGCUGGAGAUUCCCUGUAUCAUCAACGUUUGCCUGGAGAUAAUGGACAGCGGGGGUGGAGGCGGCGGAGGCGGAGAAGGGAGAGGGGAGGAGGGAGAAGAGGAAGAGGAGGAUGCGGAGGAAGAUGAGGAGGAGGAAGAGGAGGAGGAGGAUGAGGAGGAGGACGAGGGGUCAAGGAAGGAUGAGCAGGACGACGAGGAGGACAAUGUCAGCGAGAGGUCGCUGCAGUCAUCAGAGAGCAGGGGGGUGCAGACGCCUCCGGGGACGGAGGACUCGCCGCCUCCCAGCACCUCCACGUACCACCAGCAAUUUGACCUGCACAGAGAGUCGUCACAGUCACAGUCUCCUGACACCAUGAGAGGAAAACAGGAGAGUAUGGAGAGUCGGGCUUUGAAGGAUUUCUCCAUUGAGUCUCUCCUUCAGGAGGGGCUCUACCCCCGCAUGUCAACACUGGACAGGAGGGCCAAUUUCUCUCCUCUCCUCCCAGGCUUCUACCCCUCCAUGUGGGCCGCCGACUUCCCGUCCUUCCCCAAGCAGCUCCUGGACCCCAGCCACCACCAGCAUCCCCACGCAGCAGCCUCACCACAAACCAGGCUCCCCCAUGGCUUCCCCACCUCUGCGCCGCUCGAGGCCUCCAGGCCCCUCGACCUAGCUGUGAAAAGAGAGAUCAUAAAGGAGGAGAUGAAAGAGGAAAUCCCGCUCAGUCUGCUCCACGGCAACUUCCUGAAGGAGUUUGUCAACUCGGGCCUCAGCAGCACCAUGAACACUGGGUCAGUGCCGUCAGAAGGUCACGCUCUGGGUCCGAUAAAAGAUGAAGCCGACUUCCGGUCGUACCUGAGCUUCCUAAGCUCUGCGUCCCACCUGGGGGCGCUGUUCCCUCCCUGGCAGCUGGAGGAGGAGAGGAAGAUGAAGCCCAAAGCAUCGCAGCAGUGUCCAAUCUGCAACAAGGUCAUCCAAGGAGCUGGGAAACUUCCACGACACAUGAGGACACACACGGGGGAGAAACCAUACAUGUGCACUAUCUGUGAAGUCCGAUUCACCAGACAAGACAAACUGAAGAUACACAUGAGGAAGCACACAGGUGAGCGCCCCUACAUCUGUCUCCACUGCAACUCCAAGUUCGUCCACAACUAUGACCUGAAGAACCACCUGCGUAUCCACACGGGCGUCCGACCCUACCAGUGCGAGCACUGCUACAAAAGUUUCACACGGUCUGACCACCUACAUCGACACAUCAAGAGGCAGAGCUGCCGCAUCUCCCGCCCUCGGCGAGGACGGAAGCCAGCUGCUUGGCGGUCCACACCAGCCAGCAACUUCCUGUGCCCCCCUACUGCUGCCGCUAACCGGUUUGAGGAGAACGGGUUAAGCCCUGCAUACCAGGGAGUCAAGAGUCACGGACUUGGAGAGAUGCUCGGCAACAGGGGUCUAGGAUUUAAGAGCGGGGACGGUGCGGGAAGGGAGAGCAGGGAGGAACGGCGAGCAGAGGGGAAGCAUGUUGCAGAGGAGGAGAAGGCGGGAGCAGGGAGGCAGAGGGGAGUGUUUGCCUUUGCUCUGGCUGGAGAAGAAGUGCUUACCCACUCUCCAUUUUAUGCUGCGACCUCUGACCCCUGGACCAUGAGACUGGAGCGUGCUCCACCCAUCCCUGAGCCAGCCAAAUGAACCGUGGUCUGUAGAAGUAAAAUUAAAAAAAAGGACAAGGAAGAAAGUCUCUUUAAUCUCUGUGUCUGUUCUGCUCCAGGAAGCUAAAGCACCUUUUUAAAAAGUGAAAGCGAGAUCAAUGAACCUUUUGAAGCCUGCUGAUGUGGCAGU